CCCACGGGGUGGUAAAAUGCGAUGCAGCUCACUGAUGAAAUCACACCGCUCUUGGAGUCUGUGACGGAAUGACUUUUGGUACGUGCACUGUAUUAUGUGACGAUCCUCUUCCACGUUGAUUCGACGACCGGAAAAUUAAAAUUUCAAAAAAUGACUACUAUGGUAUAUGCACUAUUGUUUGUGCUAACAUUGUGUAUAGCAUCUGGAAAAACUGACAACUGUACAAGAAAUUUCAAUGUAGUUGCUCCAAAAGUAGCUGUCCCAGGCCAAAGAACCGCAGUACUAGUCAGCUGGAAUCCGCAUUGCAACCCCAAGGACGUGACAUUACGACUUUUACGUCAAAUUCCUAGCGCGGAACAACAAAGGUCUACCGAUGAAGAAGUGUUGUCACACAGUACAAUGACAAUAAAUGGAGAUGGCAUCAUUCCGCUUACUGUACCAACACAGACUCCAGAUACUUGUUACUUACAAAUAUUGACAGACUGCGUAAACAACACAUCCAGUUGUACGUUACAGACUACAUCUAAGUUGCAUCUAGUUGGUACCAUUCGCGAUGUUGUUGUACAAACAUCUAGCAAAUUUUAUAAACCUGGAGAAAUCGUUAAAUUUUGGCUUUUACCUUUGGAUCAUGAUCUUCGAUUGGCUGAUGAGAUCACAAUGGAUGUUUUUAUUAAAGACCCUCAUGGUAUUAAGGUGGCUCUGUGGAAUGAUGUUCCAACAAGCUACGUAAUCCCAUUCAAUUUUAUUCUACCAGAGUUAGCAUCUUUAGGUGAAUGGUCCGUAGAAGUUGAAACAGAAGGAAUUACUUUUAAAACAGUCAUAAAUGUUAGCAAUAAUAGGGGUGCAAAUGACCCCUCCAAACGAGAACAGACAAUUACCGAAGAGCAUUUUGUUGAAUUAAGAUUUGGUCCGGAAACAAGACACAAAUAUAAACCUGGAUUACCCUUCCAAGGAAAAGUAGAAGCAAUGAGUUCUGAAAAAAACUUACGCGUUCGUGUUAAAGUAUUUGACAACUCUACUGCUAUCUAUAGCCAAGAUGUUGAGAUGUUACAAGGUGAGGGAACAUUUGUAGUUCCAGCAGUCAUUUCUGAUAGUGAAAUAAUCGUUCUACAAGCUGAACUAGUUUCUGUCGAGGGGAAAGAAAUUGAAGGCCAUUACGUGCUAGCAAAAGAAAUUAUAAAAAAAUGGAACUCAAUAUCAGAUUGUUACUUAUUAGUCGAAGGACUAGAUCAUACAUUAGUGGCUAACGAAAAAGUAGAAGUUGUAAUACUAUCAUCUUGUCCAUGCAAUCGUAAUAUAAAUUAUGUUGUAACCACUGAUGGACAUAUUACAUUUUGGAACAAUUACAAACCAGAUGUAAAAAUGACUAAAAUAAUGGAUCAGGUUGAUAUUUGUCGAUUCAAUUUAACUUUUAAAGUUGAUUCUGUCAUGGCACCAACAAGUCAUUUAUUAGUUUAUUACACAACUGACGAUGGUGAAACGAUAAAUGAUGUUUUAAGUUUCAACGUAAAGCAAACAGACCCUAAAGUUAAAAUAACACCACAAAAAAUUAGAAAAAACUGGUAUCCAGAAGAACACAUAAAAAUUAAUAUAAUGGCAGAAGAAAGCUCGAUUAUUUGUUUAAUAGGAGGCAGAGGCACAGAAAAUAGUACCCCCAAUAGAAAUACAGGAGAUCUUCUUGAAUCGGGGCUAUUAUUUUUAGAAAAACAUGUAAAUGAAAAAGUAACAACUUCUAAGUUAAACGAUAUAUACCCUAAACAUCACAGUUUUUUUGAUACCUUUUCAAUAGAACAACUUUGGAUCUGGAAAUGUCAAAACUUUACAGGAAGUUUACUAAAAAAUGGUAUCGACGUACAAACUCCUUCAAAAGCUGGUAAUUGGAAAUUACGUAUGCUUGCAAUAGGAAAUUCAGGUCUCAAAAUUACCGACACAAUAAAUAUAAAAGUUGUUAGUACAUUAGAAGUCGAUGUACGUUCGCCUGUUGAGAUUAAUGUAGGCGAAACAGUCCAAACAGAUAUAUACGUUGCUAAUAAUGUCAACUCUUGUAUGGAUGUGAACGCACUUCUUUCACUUAGUGAAGGAGCAGUAUUUAGUAGCUCAAACCAACCUUUUAUCGCAGAGAAAUUGAGAUUAGGUGCUUAUGGUGCAACAUCAUUGAUUGUUAAAAUAACUGCUUUAAAAUCAGGAGUAAAAAAUUUAACUAUUGAUAUUUCUGGAUUUAUAAGCCAAAAAUGCCAUUCAUUAAGUGAUAUCAAACAACUAGAAGUGCCUGUUAUAGGUAAUUUAUCUGCUAGUUCUGUAGUAAAAUCUAUCUCCAUCAAUGUUCAUCCAGAAGGAAUUCAACAUCAAAUAACUAAUAGUGCCUAUUUUUGCGCUAAUGAACAACUUGUCGUAUCAACAACUCCGGAUUUUCGUUAUCAACAUGUAACAGCACCAAAAAAUCGAGAUGGAAUAGUUUUUGAAAUUCAGGCUAAGAAAAGUGCUCAUAUUCUUUUAAGUCAAGAACGAAAACCAACUACCAUGAUGUAUCAAAUAGUACUUGGUGAUUUAGAAAAUUCAAUUUCAUGGAUUGGUCGAGGAAAACAUGGAAAUGGAGUACACUUAAUCAAUCGAAAUACACCUGGAAUAUUGUCAGAAGAAACACCUCGUACUUUUUGGAUUAGUUGGGAAAAAGGAAUACUUGCAUUUGGCUACGGACAAGAAAUACAUCAGUAUCCUCUACUUAAAUGGAAUAUGGAUAAAAAAAUUAAAAUUAAUCAUAUAGGUUUUGCGACUAUUGUAGGAACUACAGGACAAUUUAGAGUUUGGAAUUAUAACAACGAGGCUGGUUUUUCUCAAGUUUUACAUUUGGAUACUUCAAAUUCCGUUAUAUCAGGAACUGAUUCUGGUACAUUGGUCAUAACCGGAGGACUUAAUUUUCCAUACUUUGUACAAAAUGAUCCGAAAUUAUCUACAAGCUUACUUUCAUUUCUUCAAAUAUUUACACCUCUUAUUACAUUUGAAAAUAACCAGAACGAAACUGAAGAAAAUGAGUUAGUUAGUGUUUUGAGAAAAAACAUACCAGUUUUACUUUCAUACAAAAAUAAAGAUUUCUUAUUUGGAGAUCAUCCUAAUGUUCCAUGCUUUUGGUGUAAUAUUCGUGUGCUUGAAAUUUUAUGGAAAAGUCAAUCUCAUAUUGGUGUUGACUCGGAUAUUAUUAAAGGUCUGAAGAGUUGGAUAAAGAAACAGGUUUUUGAUGACUUUUCAAAAGUUUUGCCAGAAAAUAAAUUCAAAAUGUAUCAAAUUAUUGCCGCUGCUGAUACCUUAGCCACUUUUGUAGAAUUAGGAGUUGAAUCUGAGGCUGAUAUAAAACUUGUUAACCACACAAAGUCAUUUCUAGAAAAUAACCUUGAUAAUAUUACCAAACCAUAUCCUUUAGCAAUGACUAGUUAUGCACUAUUGAUUUCCAAUAGCAUUUUUUCAUCAAAAGCUUUAGAAAGGCUUCAAUUAUUAUCAACAAACCAGGAAAAUGAAUUCGGGUGGCCUAAAAUUCAUUCAACAUCAGAUUGGUAUGAAGAAAUAAUUCCCCCUAAAAAAGGAGUUUCUACCGAAGAAUUUAAAGCAUCACUAUAUUGUCUGAUGAUAUAUGCAACAAAACAUGAUUUAAAAACAUCUGAACCAAUAGUCCGCUAUUUGUAUUAUAGAACACAAGUCUUAGAUAGCAAUCCAGAUUUGGCUUAUUUAACUGUAAAAGCUUUUGCCAUGUUUAACAAUAUCGGAUCAGAUCCUCACCGAAAAUUAACAGUUUCACUGGCUACUUCUGGUAUGGAAUUAACUGAUACUUUAGAAUUUGAUUCUAGCACCAAAUCGAAAUAUUUGCACUUACCAUCAUUACCAACUAAAGUAUUUAUUUAUGCAACUGGAGCUGGAUGUUCUACGAUACAAGGUCGAAUUCAAUAUACCACAUACACGAGCGCAGAGAAUGAAAAUAAAUUGAUUGACUUAUGGUCAGCUGUUACUGAUGUUAUUCAACCUAGUAAAGGUUUUACAGACGAAAUUUACAGCCAUUCCACUACUUUAAGGCUUCGAACUUGUUUUAAAUCAAAUAACUUAACAGAAGAUACUCUACGAUUAGAAGUCAAAUUAUUUUCUGGUUUUUAUUUUGAAAAAAUGACAUAUUCAACUAUAACUAAAGUUCAUUUUGGGUCACACUCAAAUCAUGUUUGGUUUGUGUUUUCAAAGGUACCCAAUCAUUGUAUUAUAUGUGUAUCAUACAUAGCAAAAAACACCCAAAGAGUCACUGGUUUACGACCAGCUGUUGCUAAAAUAUACCCUGUUGAAAAACCAAAUUUAAGUUCAUAUAAAUUUUUCCACGUUGAUGAAGAACAAAGUCCACUUGCUGAAGGAUUAACUGCUUUACAAUUAGCUGACUGGAUAACUAACGACUCAAGUAUACCCAACAAAAAUGAAAAUUUUUGUACGUGUAAUAAUCUUUGUAAGAAUAACUCAUUUGUGGAAGAGUCUACUGUCAAGACUCCAAUAAAUGUUCAAUAUACAACUCCAACCAAAAGUUCUCUAAUGGCUCAAACAAAAGAAACUUCAAAAACUCAAUUUAGUGCUCAAAAAACAACCAUCAUAAAAACCCCAAUCACUCGAAAAGAACAGUCUGCUUUAUCUUAUAUUAGUUCACCAAUACCUACCACUUCGUUCGCGAACUCUUCUAAUUCCAUGCAAGUGCCAAGAAAACAAUUAAUCGAAACUAUUCCACUAAAAACAAAACGAACUCCUGUUAAAUCUACUGGGAAUGUAGUAAGAAACAUGAAAAAACCAAAUAAGAACGGUUCUAAAGAAAAGGACUCUAAUUCAAAGCACAGAUCUAGUGAAGGUAGUAACUCAGAAACGCCUGACGCGACUUUAAUCAAUAAUAGUAAUACUGAUACUGCAGCAGUAGCUAUAUCAAAAACAUCGCAUUCUAAUAAUGUUAUUAAAAAUAGUAAAACAAAUGGGGGAAGUACAACAAAGCCAUUGUCAAGCACUCCACAAAAUACAACGCCUCUCACAGUAACAACUAAAACAAGUUUUAUAACAACUACCGCCAAGACAUUAAGUAUUCAAUCAACUAAAGAAGUGCAAACUACACACCAUACUAAUAUUUUAACAACAAAAAUACCUAUUAUAACUCGUGUUUUAGGAACAACAAUAACACCCAUUACCUAUUCAGCUUUAUCGCCAUUAUCGACCAAACCAACAUCAAUAAAAUCGAUAACAACCAUGCCUGAUUUAAUACUUGAUGCCAACAAAAGUAAAAAAGUCAUUAAUGAUUAAAACAUUAAAAACUAAUUCUUUAACAUUUUUAAUCACUAAAAUUAUGACUUGCUCUACCAAUUAAAAUAAAAACUAUUUACACUGUUAUAUUGACUAUGUACUAUCUGUACAAUUGUACAUACAAUUAUUUUUGAAAGUAUAUAAAACUAAAUUGAAGUUGUAACAACUAUUAGACAUUCAUGUUUUUUUUCGACAAUUUAUUCAUAAAUUGACUAGUUAUUGUCCAUGAAAAUAUACAUCAUAGUUGAAAGAUUUAUAUUAAAACAGUAAAUAAUACAUCUUUAAAUUUACUUAUGUAA